AUGGACGUCCUUCAGAAAAAUGUGGUCGAGCCUCUCCAGCCACUCCUUCAACCUAUAGUGAAGGUCAUCCCGCAACCGGUCCACGAUGCUAUUAUCUCGUUGAUAGGCGCGCCAUGCCACAGCGCAUUACUUUUCGAUCUCGAUCUCACCCAGGACCCAGCGUGCACCUCUCUGGCUAUUUCGAAAGCUCUCGGUAUUGCGAUUGUCGGAGCCAGUGCAGUGGUCAAGGUCCCUCAAAUCCUCAAGCUCAUCAACUCGCGCUCCUCCGCCGGUGUCUCUUUCGUCUCCUACGCCCUUGAAACCGCCAGCCUACUCAUCACCCUAUCCUACGGCGUGCGCAACCAGUUCCCGUUCAGCACUUAUGGCGAGUCAGCCCUCAUCGCAGUGCAGGAUAUCGCUGUGGGUGUGCUUGUCUUGAUCUUUGCGGGCCGAUCUGCUGCCGCUGCGGCUUUUGUUGCCGUUGUCGCAGCUAGUGUGUAUGCUUUGCUAUUCGACCAGACUCUGAUUGAUGCGCAAACCAUGUCCUACUUGCAGGCAGGUGCUGGCGCUCUGGGUAUCGCCAGCAAGGUUCCUCAAAUCCUUGCUAUCUGGAGCGAGGGUGGAACUGGCCAGCUCAGUGCCUUUGCCGUUUUCAACUACCUCGUUGGCUCUCUGUCUCGCAUCUUCACCACCCUUCAAGAGGUUGAUGAUAAGCUAAUCCUAUACGGCUUCAUCGCCGGUUUCUCUCUCAACGUAAUCCUUGCAGGCCAGAUGCUAUACUACUGGAACGCCCCCGCGCAGAAGCAGAAGGCAUCCGGGUCGAAGAAGUCCCAGGCUGCGGAGAAAGCACCCAUUGCGCAAAGCUCCGGUGUGUCACCCAAGCCUGGCUCCAAGACCCCUACCACGCGUCGCCGAGGCUAG